GGGAAGGAAAAGGAACCUAGAAAGGUAAAGUUACAGGUUCAGUAGUUGGGCAUAGAGUCCUCGUUUGUCGAUUAAUGUGAAGUUACUAAAUCAUAGUGUUUCACUAAGGGUACCAUUUAGCAAAUGGCUGAUGUGUGCUGGCCUGUUUUCUGGAAAAGGCAGGGAUUCCUCUAGGACAGGAGAUCGUUUGCAAGUGUGGUGGCAGUAAUUUAUAACAACUCUGGUAAUGUUAUGUAAUAAUGUAGUAAUUUAUAACAAACUGUAGAUGUUGUGCUUAGGGAUGCAAUUUAGUGGGGGACCUGGCAGUGUCAGGUCAAUGGCUGGACUUGAUCUUAAAGGGCUUUUCCAGCCUAAAUGAUUCUGUGAAAUCCAGUGUAGUCUUCUGGUGUCUGCUAAGAGUGGAACAGAGUUAUGUGAUACAUAAACUUCUGCCUGGAUCCUUCCAAGUUGGCUUUAUUGUAAAGGGACUGUGAGUAGGCAGCCAGCCAGCCUAAUAAAAGUAUUUCAGUUUUGCUUGGAGCCUGGUGGUUCUCAAGGUCAGGGAAGGGAGGGAUUUUACAGGCCAGAAAGUGCUGUGUCUCUUAUUGUUACACCUCUGAAGAAAACACCUUAAUAGGCUUUAAGACAAGGUUUCUGUAAUUGUGCAGCAAAAGCUUCAGCCUUACCCCUUCAAGCAGAAGGGAAGGGCCGUGUAUUAUCAUGAAUCAUGUUUUUAGCACCUGUUCUUUCUCAGUUCAGGAUACUGAUAAAGUCCAGAUUUGGAUUGCAGUGCUGCAGAUGUGGUUUUAUCUUCUUUUUGCCUUUUUGGAAGAAAAGCUUUGUCAGACAGAUCCCUGUUCACCAUCUCUCAGCGGAGCUCUGGAGUCAGCAGGCUGGGAGAAACUGGCACGAGGUGAAGCCCGUUGGAGUAGCAGAACUGCAACUGGUGUGUUUACAUGCACGUGCAAGAGAGCAGGAGGGUCUGCAGGUGAUGGUGCCGGUGCCUGCCCACAUCUUGAUAAGCCAUGAGAGGUUAAGGGAAAUACUGAAAGAAGCCUCUCUCCCCCCAGAGGAUCCUGACACCCCGCUGUCAGUUACCUUGGCCAUAGUUGAGACAGAUUCCACAAUAGUCUAUUAUAAAAUGACUGAUGGCUUUGUAAUGCCAGACCCUCCUGAUGAUACUGAAGAUGGGGACAAUAAACAGUGGAGAAAGAAAAGAAAGAAGCUUUUCAAAUGAUUAGGACAAAACCAAAGACUUCUCUUGAACUCCCGUGCUCAAACCUAAACAAAUCCAGGAAGCGAUGUGUGUAAAUAAGGGCUGUGCUACCCUCUGCCCUGGCAAAUCAAGGAUCUGGUCAGGGAGAACAGAGGCUUGUGCAGCUGCACUGUAAUGAAAUGCCAUUUGGGGUAUGAAAUGGGUCAUGCUUUGAGACAGAUUGAUCCUGACUAAUAAAUGUACUUGUGAGAUGUU